AUGCCAGAUUUCCAUCAACCUAAACUUUGCGAAAAGGCUAGGGAACUAAUAGCAUUUUGUACAAUUACAGGAAAAUAUCAAUUUAAACGACUACCUAUGGGAAUUUGUAAUAGUCCAAGUAAAUAUCAAGAAGCUAUGAAUAAAAUUAUGACAUAUUUAAGUUAUAAAAUGAAUGUAAAUUAUAUAGAUGACUGUACAUGUUUUGGGAAACCCUUUGAUGAUCAUUUAAGUUCACUGGAGUUAAUUUUAGAAAGGUCUAAACAAUAUAAUUUGAAACUAAAAUAUCCAAAUGUAAAUUUAGGUAUACAGAACUAAAAAUGUUAGGUAAAAUUAUAUAAAAACCGACGAACGACCAGCAGUAGGAAAGUUAUAACCUAAUAAGGUUAUCAAUGGUAUUUCCUUUUAAGACUUUAACAUCGAUUACGUAGGUGUACAUGUAACGAUUGUUGGUUAUCAAUAUGACAACAUCGUACAUUACUCAUUAUAUAGGACACGGCUAAUAUGUUGAAUGUGCGAAACGCCAUAUGAAUGACAAAUGAAUGUCAACUAGGUGUUUUUCAUAUUUUUUGCGAUUUUUGGAAAACAUAUGCAUUCUUUCGAACCAAAAUCCGUUAUAAAUUGUAUAGAUCGUAAAAUUACACAUUCAUACAUGUCCAUAAUAUGUAUAUACUUCAUAAAUAUUUUUUUUAUAAUAGAAUAAACUAGUCUCCAUGGUUUUGCUAUAUUUAGCACAAUAUCUAUGUUAAACUUAUGCUAAUAACUAAUAAGUAUGAUAUGAUAUGAUAAUAAGUCAAAAUAUUAUUUUAUUAAUAACCUAUUAUAAUAUAUUAAUAUGUAUAUAAAGUCCAGCAUAUGGAAACCAAUGUGAUAAUUGUGGUAUAUUAAAUAAUUUUAAAAUUAUUUGUAAGAAAGUAAAAAAAGAUAUUCGUGAUAAAAAACGAGUUAGCUGUAUAGAAAAUGUUGAUAUUGCUGAAAAUUAUGUGUCUUUAGAUGUGCUUGAAAUUAUGAAUACUAGUGAAGAGAAUAAAACUAAUGUAGAUCAUGAAUUAGGGAAAUAGUAAUUAAUGAUUUUAAAACUUCAAUAAAACUUGAUACUUAUACAGAGCUAAAUGAUAUGUCUGUUUAAUUAAAAAUUUAAAAUGUGAUUCUAAACAAUAAUAAUGUUGUUAUUAAAUCAUUUGUAGGAUAUUUGAUGAGAUCUAAAGAAAAUAUUUUGAUUAAGCUGAGGAAUAGCAAUUAUAAGUGUAAUAAAGUAUUUGAAGUUGUAGAUUAUAAUGGCUUACCAUUAUUAAGUUAUGAAGCUUGUAUUGCUUUAAAUUACAUUGAAAAAGAAAAAAGUGCUAAUGAGAUUGAAGCUAUAGAAUUGUGUGCAGAAAAAGAAAACAUUAUUUAG